AGAUGCCCCAGCCUCUUCUUCAUAACUGAUCCAAUGCCAACCAAUGGGCAGUGACCACACACGAUGACUCUCGCAGCUUAGAAAUAGGCACAGUCUGCCAUGCCUGGCACGUAUAUCAGCAUUGUGUACAACUAUAAUGGCUCACAUUCGAUCAUUGUGAAAAGAAGACUAUAGAUGUGCUGACAGAUCAAAUGCAAUUCAUAACGAAAGCUUCCUUCAAUUUUUAUCCAACAUGGCAACUUUUUUGGUCCCGACUGAUGUAUAAACCUACACAAGAGGAAUUGCUAAUCAUUUACUAAUAUGGACUGGUGCGGAAAAAUGUAACGUAGGUGUAUUUCUGAAGGUUAGAACAAACGCCGAAAGCUGCUUUCUACAAGUUUCGUUUCCAAGAAUUAACUAUCUAGUGACCUGGAACGAAUGCUCCAUGUGAUACUGACAUCUGACAGAUUUGCAUACAGAGUACACGUAAGAUCACAAUUCUCAUACAGGCGCCCGCACAAUUUUUCUUCGGAGGGGGCGAUCAUCGGCAAGACAUACAUUUUUCCGAAAGCUUACCUGACCCCAAAACUUGUUGAAGAACAGAGGAAAGCAAAUUUUCCCAGGGGGAAACAUAAUUACAGCACACAUUGAUGAUUUUCAAGAUGUUAUACAUUGAAAUAGUUGGUCUAGCUUUUUGAGGAUCUUGCCUGAGAAACGGAAAUCUUUAUAGAAUAGGCUUUGUACGUUGCUCUUGAACCCAUUCAUAGUGUUUACUGUGAAAAAGCCUUAUUAGGUAGUAUAGACACAGUGUGAUUGUUUUAAGAUUACAAA